GAUGGUUUUACAAAAAUGUCUGAAAAAGAAAAUUUGGAUAUUGAACAAGAACUUGAUGAACUCCUGACGAAAGUGCAACCAGACUUACAAAACGUUAUCAAAAGGAGUUUUACAAAUGUUGCUUUACAGCAAACAAAAAAUGGUGAACAGAUAAAACCAGCUUUUUUGGAAGAUACUUCUUAUUUUGCUAAAAACACACAAGUGAAUUUAUCAAAACUAGAGCUAGUAAGGUCUCCAACAUUUCACAUGCAGUCUUUAUCCCUAGACUUAAAGUCUAUGAGUCUUUCGCUAAAAUGUUCAUUGGGUGAGGUAAAUGUAAAAGGAAUCUACAGUGCAUUUAAUGAAAAUCUGUACAACUUGAUACCUGUUAUGUCAGAGGGCCAUGUUUUAAUAUCACUGUCUAAUGUGACUGCAGAUGUGAAUGUGGGUUUAGUGCUGAAAGAUGAUGCAUUCUCCUUUAUCAAUCCUGAAAUGGAGUUCUUACACGAUGAGGUUGUUGUUAAGUUAUCAUGGCCUUCCCCUCAAAAAAAUGGAGGAUAUAAAUUUAUAACAACAGAGCAAUUAGCUAAGCACAUAGAUGACUUACCGCUCACUGCCGCUAUAUCUUUACCUUUAUAUGCCCUAUUAAGGCAGAAACUUCAACAUCAUCUGGUUCAGGUUCUCCGGCAAGCGACUAGUGUGUCAGAAGUCAUGUGCUGUAAUCCCAGUUUGAUGGAGGCUUAUAGUGACAUGGUCAAUUGCUUAGCGGAGAAUGGUAACAAGGUAAUCGAUAUGAUAUUGAUAAAUAUGAGAAGGACACUUUUGCAGACGCGUAGAGAAGUGUUAGAGCUGCCACCAGUACAUGCUACAUUUAUGCAUAAGAUAGGCUCAAUAUCUUUCAUAGGCAAAUUCGAAACAGACACGGGGUGGGUGAAAAACCUGGCCACAAUAAAUCGUAUAAACGACGUGAGCGUGACUAGACCUGACCCGAUGAAGACUAGUUUCCAUGUUACUCUCAAGAUUAAGGAUUUACAAAUCGGCUAUGAUGAUUACCGGAUCAAGGCGAUGGGAACAUCGUGCACAGGCAGACUGGUAGCUAGUUUCAAUUCCAACGCACUGCAUCUGGCUCUCACCAUAGGCCUCGCCAGGUGGGAGCCUUACGCGCAACUCGAUGACUUAAGACUGCAACAUUGCGACGGCAUGGACCUCCACGUGACAGGACUAGGACCACUGAGUGGGUUGACACCAUUAGUAGAGGCAUGGUCACGCGGGUCGUCCGUCACGCAUGCGGCGCCCGCUCUCGCCUCGCAGCUGCAGCACGAACUGCAUACUGCGCUAGCCGAACUGCCUUUGUGGGAUUUGUUACACGGGAAACAGUGACGUCAGAUAGGCGGGACGGUGAGGAACGACGUUUCAACGAUUUAUCGCCAUGAGUUUACUAGAUUUUCAAGGAAUGGAUAAAUUGAAUAUUUCUGUACAUAGGUGUUGAGUACAUGUUGUUGAACUGUCUUUGAUUGGUCACUUAGUGAGAUGGAUUAUUACUUUGAUAUUAAACAUGAAGCGACAGGCACACUUAUUACUAUUAGGCCUUAUUCAGUGUGGCGGCGGGCGCGGGUGCGUGUAAAUCAAAUGUACGUAGAUGCUCGUUGCGUUUACCGGCCGCGUGUUUUACGGCCGCGUGCGCUGGCGCUUGUGUCGAGACGGGCACGGGCGUGGCGGUUCGUACGCCGCAUAGGUGGAUCUAUUGGCUCAGUCCGCUCGUACAAUUCACAGUACUUGGUCUAGCCUCUAGUAUCUGUUAGCAACUCCGACGUGUGGAUCGAACGGUUUUAGUCGCUUCGACACUGUGAAAGGGAAGACGCCAAAACCCGCGUGCCCGCACACGAAUGAGCCCUUAGGUAUAUUGUGGAACACACAAUUGUUUUUACAUUUACUAUUUUGUAUAAUUGUUAUCAGUCAAAUUGGCAGCUUGUUAAACGUAACACAAGAAAGUAAAAGUUAGUGGUUUUUAAAUGUUUUAAUAAUUGUUUGUCCUGUACCUAUAUAAUUGAUUGGUAAUAAAUAAAUAAAAAAAAUAUAAUCAAAACAAGCACACCGCCAAUAAUUGAAAUUACAUUUUUUUUCCGUUUAUUGGCCUGGUUUAUCUUCUAUGUUUAUUGAGGUACAUACAGUGAGUGUCGACUCUAACUGAACUUUAUUUAAGUGACGAUUUUCGGAUUUUUUUCGAUUUGAUUACAUACAUAUUUUAUAUUGUAAAACUAUUUUUUUCAUCCAAAUCGUGUAUGUUUGUUUUUCAAAUAAGUGAAUUAGUCCCAACCAUGGGACCUGUCAUAAACCAGAAAUGUUGCUUUGUUUGUAAAAACAAAUAUCGCUAAGAAUCUAAGAACUCGAAGCAUAAUGAUAUUGUAUACUGCACUUAUUGUUUGUUAAUAUUAAUUAAUUAUUUGCAUAGCAUUUUAAUUCGCAAUAGACGAAAUAGAUCCGCCUACGGCCGGCUGUAUACUGGGAUGCCCCUACACGGACCAGCGCACAAAUUGAAAUAUAUUUUAUGCCUCUGAUCUUUUCCUUGUCAACGUCUUGCAUAGUUUUCGAAUGUGUUCCAUUUUAUAACGAUAUUAAAUAUUACAUAUUAAAGCAUGUAAAAAGAUGUAUAAUACAUUUUUUUGUCGAUACAGUUUUGUAACUCACUCAAGGAACGUGAUCAUUAAAAAUGUGAAUUCUAUAUACUCUUUUUUUGAUGUCGGUUGUAUGUCACUCUCAUCAGAUAUAUGCUUUCAUAGAAAUGUAUGUACGUUGAUUUAGUCUGGAUUUUUGUAAACCAAUAUUAAAAUAUCUAGUAUGGUUACCCUACCUUAGAUAUUUUGUCUGGUUGCACGCUACUAUGAUAUAAAAAACUGUUGAGACAAUCGGUUCUUUAUUGUGGUGUGCUUAAUAGAAUAAACUCUUAACAUGUCGGAUUCAACAUAUUACCUGCAAUGUACUUUAUUUACCAUUAUUUUUUUAAAGGCGACUUUAAGGACAUUACAAACGUCUAUUACUGCUUUUUAAGUAUAAUUUAUAUUAUUUCAUUUUUCGAUCUCCAUCCAAGUUAACCAACCAAUUGCUAUUUUAGUCUAUAUUCAAGUAAUAAAAAAACUUACGCUCGCUUAAAAAUGCAUUUAUUUUAUAAAGUCAGUAUUGCAAUUUGGUAGAAAACGUAAUACUAGAAACAAUUAGUAAUUUUCAUGUUUACAUCUAAGAACCGUUAAAUGUGGUUUUAUAAUAAUGCUUAUGAUUUUUAUUAUUCGACUGCUGGCCAUCUGUAUGCGAAUUUAGGGCACGUUUAUUCGACACGAACUUCAUCCAGCUCACGCGUCGCGCAGCGACCGCGUGCGUCCAGCUGCCAUGGCAAUAAAGCGUAUUUUACGCUUUAUUUAUCUAGCAUUUACGUUUUAACUUAAAUGAGUUUUCCGGGCGCGCGGGCGAGUCUGCCUUGUCUUUGGUCUACGCAGCGGCCGAACGGCGUCCGCGCGACGAUAGCGCGGCGGCGUGAGCGUGAUGAAAUUCGUGUCGAUUAAAGACCCCUUAUUGUUUCUUUAAAGUCAAAGAUCGUUAUAAAAAUCUCAGUUUCAUUUUUGAGAGCGUAGCAAUAAAAUCUUAUUUUCGAUUAGUAAUGUAGGAUUUGACAGGUCGAUUCACAAACAAUAUGGUGCAUAACGUUUAAGUAACCAUUAAUUAUUUUGUAUGAUUUCUAUAUCUUUCUUUUUAACUUUAGGUUGUGCUUUUAGUGCCUUAUAAGUCUGA